ACACACACACACACACACACACACACACACACACACACACACACACACUGCAGCAUGUUAGAAUCAUGUGAAUGACUAAUUUAACUACACUGAACUGCUUUUGUAAUAAUUUAAUCUCUUAUUCUGGAGUAAAAUAAAGAAACAAGCUAAAUCAUCACAUAUCUGUGGCAUCAAGGAGCAUCUGAGUUCAAACACACGGAUGGAGCACAAUGUUUACAACGGAACAAUAUCAGGAUGGUUUAACUCACGGAGGCCUGCAGGUCUUCUGUUUUAUGAGCAAAGCGCUGAUAAUCCGCUUGUUAUGAGCGCUAAACGUUAUUUUGCCGCUUCCGUGCGGAGCGGUAGGGAAACACAUUUCAAACACGGAACCGAGUCUGGCUACCGAACCGAGCAGAAUUCUGAUGAAGUCACACCGGUGCGUGAAGGUGCGGGAUCCAACCCACAGGAGAGGAGGGAGAGGAGGUGAACAGCGAGUGGAUCAGAGGGACUGAACUGAUGUUUUUGAGCAAAACUGUCCCAAUUAUUUGUCCUAAUUAGCACCGCGUCUAAACCCUCGCGGUGCUCAUGCAGGGGUCUCUUCCUGUUCCGACGCUGCUACACGUAAUAUUUUUAAUUUAUUAAGCCUAUUUUUACUCAGUAACGGAAAAGAUUUAAAAUGUAGCUAAUUACAAUUCUUUUUUAAAAACGUACUUAAGUAAAAGUAAAAGUACAGAUUUAAAAAACGACAAAAAGUAUAAAUAUACAAAAAAGCUACUCAAUUACAGUAACGUGAGUAAAUGUAAUUCGUUACUUUCCACCUCUGGCAUCAACGACUACCUCUGGCAGCAACGACUACAAAGCAGCAACACGUGAUGACGUCAUAAAGGAUUUGGAACUCUAUAAAGAGAUCAGCACACAGUUCAUUACUCUCAGAGGAACCUUACAAAGCAGUAGUGCGUGACAAGAUCUGCAUAGAAAAUCUAAUCACCUUUUAUUCUAUUUAUUCUUUUAAAUUAGUAUAAAAACAACUAGCGAAGGAAUUAUUUUAACAUCAAUUUCCAAGUUUUGCAUCAGGGACUCAAAAUAACACAAAACAUAGGAACAUAUUUAGUUCAGGAUUUUAACAAACAGCCAGCAGAAAUGGGAGCCUUUCUUUAUAAUUUGAGAUUACAAUGUGGGCAGUUUUUACAUAAAACACGACAGAUGGAAGAUUUGAAAGCCGAACAUCUGAACGCCGUUAAAGAUUUACUAAAGGUAGGGAACGACGAAAAGCAUAUCAACAAUCUGAAAGCAGAUCUGUAUCAUUCGCUGGUUUCAAAAGAUCUCGUUGAACAAUUGACGACUUCACAACAAGACCUUAAAAGCAAGUUUGAAGAUGAAAUUCAUGUUGCCAAAAAAAACGCUGAACAUUCUGAGAAACUAUUGCAAGAAGAGAUUCAAGCACACCAAAACACAAAGACUGAAUUGGAAGAUUUAAGGAGUCAGGUAACUCACCGGUUAAUUCUACCAGAAAAACAGGUUAAAGAAACAGAGAAAAAAUUGGACAAUUUUCGCAGUGAGACGGCCCACCAGUUUGUUCUUCAGGAAAACCGGUCUAAACAAACAGAGCAAAAACUACGUGAUUUCUUGCAAGAAAGGAACGUUUUAUUAGAGGAACUCGUUCAAAGAUCUGAAACGGACAUUCUUGCUGCUAGACAACAGGCUGCACAUCUGGAGGCACAACUUAAAAAGGAAAUUGAUGCUCACCAAAAGACAAAAUGUCAGAUUCAAGAGGAGAGAACAGAGAUGGAGAAACGUUUUAUAGUACAGCAAAAGACCGAAACAGAAUUACGAAAAAAACUUGAAGUGAUGACUUCCCUUAAAGACAUGAAAAUGAAAUGCAAAUCUAUGAAUCUUUCUUCUGAAAAACAGGCCAAAUGUUUUGAGGAGCAACUUCAGAAAGAAAUUGACGCUCACCAAAGGACAAAGGCUGAGUUGGAGAAUUUAAACAGUGAGAUGGCCCACCAGCUUGCUCUUCGGAAGAAGCGGUUUAAACAAAAAGAGAAAAAAUUGCGUGAAGGUUUCUUGCUAGAAAGGAACAUUUUAUUGGAUGAAUUAAAGCAAACUCACGAAAGUGAGGUUCUUUCUGCCAAAGAAAAGGCAGAACAUCUUGAAAACGAACUUCAAAAAGAAAUCGACGCUCACCAAAAGACAAAGGCUGAGUUGGAGAAUUUAGACAGUGAGAUGGCCCACCAGCUUGCUCUUCAGGAGAAGCAGUUUAAACAAGAAGAGAAAAAAUUGUGUGAAGAUUUCUUGCAAGAAAGGAACGUUUUAUUACAGGAACUCAAUCAAUCUGAAACGGACAUUCUUGCUGCUAGACAACAGGCUGCACAUCUGGAGGAACAACUUAAAAAGGAAAUUGAUGCUCACCAAAAGACAAAAUGUCAGAUUCAAGAGGAGAGAACAGAGAUGGAGAAACGUUUUAUAGUACAGCAAAAGACCGAAACAGAAUUACGAAAAAAACUUGAAGUGAUGACUUCCCAUGAAGACAUGAAAAUGAAAUACAAAUCUAUGAAUCUUUCUUCUGAAAAACAGGCCAAAGAUUUUAUCGAACAGCUUCAGAAAGAAAUCCACGCUCACCAAAAGACAAAGGCUGAGUUGGAGAAUUUAGACAGUGAGACGACCCACCAGCUUGCUCCUCGGAAGAAGCGGUUUAAACAAAAAGAGAAAAAAUUGCGUGAAGAUUUCUUGCAAGAAAGGAACGUUUUAUUAGAGGAACUCGUUCAAAGAUCUGAAACGGACAUUCUUGCUGCUAGACAACAGGCUGCACAUCUGGAGGCACAACUUAAAAAGGAAAUUGAUGCUCACCAAAAGACAAAAUGUCAGAUUCAAGAGGAGAGAACAGAGAUGGAGAAACGUUUUAUAGUACAGCAAAAGACUGAAACAGAAUUACGAAAUAAACUUGAAGUAGUGAUGACUUCCCAAGGAGACAUGAAAAUGAAAUGCAAAUCUUUAAAACUUUCUUCUGAAAAACGGGCCAAAGAUUUUAACGAACAGCUUCAGAAAGAAAUCCACGCUCACCAAAAGACAAAGGCUGAGUUGGAGAAUUUAAACAGAGAGACGGCCCACCAGUUUGUUCUUCAGGAAAACCGGCAUAAACAAAGAGAGAAAAAAUUGUGUGAAGAUUUCUUGCAAGAAAAGAACGUUUUAUUACAGGAACUCAAUCAAUCUGAACUGGACAUUCUUGCUGCUAGACAACAGGCUGCACAUCUGGAGGAACAACUUAAAAAGGAAAUUGAUGCUCACCAAAGGACAAAAUGUCAGAUUCAAGAGGAGAGAACAGAGAUGGAGAAACGUUUUAUAGUACAGCAAAAGACCGAAACAGAAUUACGAAAUAAACUUGAAGUAGUGAUGACUUCCCAAGAAGACAUGAAAAUGAAAUGCAAAUCUUUAAAACUUUCUUCUGAAAAACAGGCCAAAGAUUUUAAUGAACAGCUUCAGAAAGAAAUCCACGCUCACCAAAAGACAAAGGCUGAGUUGGAGAAUUUAAACAGAGAGACGACCCACCAGUUUGUUCUUCAGGAAAACCGGCAUAAACAAAGAGAGGAAAAAUUGUGUGAAGAUUUCUUGCAAGAAAAGAACGUUUUAUUACAGGAACUCAAUCAAUCUGAACUGGACAUUCUUGCUGCUAGACAACAGGCUGCACAUCUGGAGGAACAACUUAAAAAGGAAAUUGAUGCUCACCAAAGGACAAAAUGUCAGAUUCAAGAGGAGAGAACAGAGAUGGAGAAACGUUUUAUAGUACAGCAAAAGACCGAAACAGAAUUACGAAAUAAACUUGAAGUAGUGAUGACUUCCCAAGAAGACAUGAAAAUGAAAUGCAAAUCUUUAAAACUUUCUUCUGAAAAACAGGCCAAAGAUUUUAAUGAACAGCUUCAGAAAGAAAUCCACGCUCACCAAAAGACAAAGGCUGAGUUGGAGAAUUUAAACAGAGAGACGACCCACCAGUUUGUUCUUCAGGAAAACCGGCAUAAACAAAGAGAGGAAAAAUUGUGUGAAGAUUUCUUGCAAGAAAAGAACGUUUUAUUACAGGAACUCAAUCAAUCUGAAACGGACAUUCUUGCUGCUAGACAACAGGCUGCACAUCUGGAGGAACAACUUAAAAAGGAAAUUGAUGCUCACCAAAAGACAAAGGCUGAGUUGGAGAAUUUAAACAGAGAGACGGCUCACCAGUUUGUUUUUCAAGAAAACGGGUUUAAGGAAAUUGAUGCUCACCAAGGGACAAAAUGUCAGAUUCAAUAGGAGAGAACAGAGAUGGAGAAACGUUUUAUAGUACAGCAAAAGACUGAAACAGAAUUACGGAAAAAACUUGAAGAAGUGAUGACUUCCCAUGAAGACAUGAAAAUGAAAUGCAAAUCUGUAAAUCUUUCUUCUGAAAAACAGGCCAAAUGAUUUGAGGAACAACUUCAGAAAGAAAUCGACACUCACCAAAAGACAAAGGCUGAGUUGGAGAAUUUAGACAGUGAGAUGGCCCACCAGUUUGUUUUUCAGGAGAAGCGGUUUAAACAAACAGAG